GAGGUCUUGUUUCUUUGUUCCUGGUAAGUUACUUAAACGAGGCAUAUCCUUUAAUUGCUGCAAUGAAUUUUCUAAAUCUAUUAUCACUCUAUAGUAAUAUGAAAGCACACUAUUUCUCUUUUUAUCUUGAGAUGAAGGAGAUCCUGUUCUUAUUUUUCAGGCCCAGCGCUGGGGGAGAUCGGGGAAGCAAUGAAGGAGCUUUCUGAGGUUAAAGAUUCUUUGGAUAUUGAAGUUAAACAGAAUUUCAUUGACCCCCUUCAAAACCUCCAUGACAAAGACCUGAGGGAAAUACAGCACCACCUUAAAAAACUGGAGGGCAGGCGCCUGGACUUUGAUUACAAGAAGAAAAGACAAGGCAAGAUCGCAGAUGAGGAACUCCGUCAAGCUCUGGAGAAAUUUGAUGAGUCAAAGGAAAUUGCUGAGUCAAGCAUGUUUAAUUUGCUAGAGAUGGAUAUCGAACAGGUUAGCCAGCUCUCUGCCCUUGUACAAGCCCAGCUGGAAUACCACAAGCAAGCUACACAGAUCCUUCAACGAGUUAGCUCCAGGUUGGAAGAGAGGAUAAAAGAUGCUUCAUCUCAGCCCAGGAGAGAAUAUCAGCCAAAGCCACGCAUGAGCUUGGACUUUACUAGCGACAACCCUCAGCAUAAUGGUGGGAUCAGUAAUGCCACCACUCCAAAGCGCACAGGUGCUCCAAUGGACCAGCCAUGCUGUCGAGCUCUGUAUGACUUUGAUCCAGAAAAUGAAGGGGAGCUUGGCUUUAAAGAGGGUGAUGUCAUUACCCUCACCAACCAAAUUGAUGAAAAUUGGUAUGAGGGAAUGCUGCAUGGCCAGUCAGGGUUUUUCCCCAUCAACUAUGUAGAAAUUCUUGUUCCUUUGCCUCGUUAGGACAGCUGAGUCACCACGUCUUGAACCCCCCACUCCCCUUACCAAAAAAGUCAUGUGUUAAUACCACUGCUUUUAACAAUAAAGAUAUGAAUCAAUAAAAUGGCUGCUUGCUCCACAUCACAAGAACAAGCUGCAGUGGUUUAGCUAGUCAUCAGGCCCCACGGACAAUCUUUGGUUUUCGUGUUGUCAGAUGCACAGUGGUGAUUAUGUGCUAUCUUCCCAAAGUGAUGGAGCCAGACAUGUGGGUUCUUCCAUUACCUCAGUGUUGCCUCAGAAAAGUACAUACAGGAGAAGGGAAGUGGGUGGUAACUGUUGGUGUGACUCAGUCAUAGUGUUGUGGAAGGGGGGAAAUGGUAAAAUAUCUUCUUUGGUAAGAUAAAGUAUAUCACCACUCUAUUGCCAUUUAGUUCUAUAGAAAAAGAGGAGGAAAAUAUCUUUGAUCAUUUCUGAAAAUAUACUGUUUAAGCAGAUCUAAUAAUGGCAAACCCGUUCUUUGUACUUUUUCUUGACCAAAUGACCAAGGAAUCCUCUCCUUGGGGAAACGGCAAAAUACUGUAUAUUCCACUUUCCCUGCUGUUGGCUUUUAUCUGUUAGAUUGGAGUGGGCAUAAAAAUUAGGUUGGGAUCUGAGGCCUCCGAGAAUGAUUUGAGGUAGUUUGCUAAGAGUUCCUAACUUUUAAGAGUUCAGACAAGAGCAACAAUAGUGUUAUUGCCACCUAUAUUAGGCUGCUGAAAUGAAGAGAGCUGAUGUUACCCAGAAAAGGUCUUUCAUGUGAAAGGACUGUGAACUCAGCUCUUUUCUGGUACUUAAAAGAAAUUCCAAGGCUCAGAAUGCACCGAGAAGCAUCCUGAUCUUUUCAAAGGAUACAGCCUCCUUCUCCUGGAUCAGGUUGGUCUAGAGAAGUUCAAGAGCUUCUGGAAGGAGACCACCCUGGCUUUUUCAAGUUUCCAGGCUAAAUUUUAAAUGUACAGUCAUGCCCCGCUGGACAAUUACCCCGUUUAACAAUGAAUCUGCUUAACAUUGAUGUUUUUGCGA